AUGGUGAGGAUCGUGUCGGACGGCGAAUUCGUGCCUUGGUACUCCCGUCGUGCGCCGCCCGUCUUUUGCUUCCCUUGCGUGCCGACUUAUAUGGGCAUCUGGCCGGCCAGGUUCGUUGUCUUCUGUCAUCCGGAGACGUCGAUCCGCCUUCAGAAGAUGCGUCCUCGUCACCGGCGCCUUGCUCUUCUUCCUCGGCGUCAUCAUCCUCUUCGCCAUGCUCAUCACCUGCAUUGCCGUUGAGUGCUCUGGAUUGUCCGUUUUUUUUUGUUUCCUUGCAAAAAAAAAAGGUGUAAAAGUGCAAUUACUUUUGCGUCAGAAACUCCUAUUUUCAAAAAUUUCUUAAAUAAUUUCAAGGCGUUUUUUAGCCGAAAACUCCGUUCCAGCUUUAAAAACUUUAACAGACGAAUCUUAACUAUUAAAUUGAGCAGUCUUUGAAAACAAUUAUCAGCUCAAAGUUUGAGAUCCAUUCAAUUUUACAGUGCUGGAGCUUUCAUACCAUUAGCCCUGAUACUUCUGAUUCUCGGAAUUCUGCUCUUCCACUGUGGAUGGGCCGCUCAUCUCCUUGACGAUCGUGGACAGAUCCCCGUAAAGUGAGUUUUUGAUUAUUUCCGUGGAUUUGUCGCAACGAGAAAUAAUUUUAAAGACGAACGACGACGACAACGACAACGACCAUGUACGAUUCGCCAGACAGCCAUGGAGAGGAAGAGCAACUUUUCCAACAAGUCCACCGAGAGCCUCUGCCUGACGUUUGAUCCUUAUUUAGAGAGACAAAUAAAAGUAUUUGCAGGUGAAACAAGGCUACUGGCAGUUCGACGACCGCGAGUCCUGGCAGGCCGCUUCCAACCCCUACCCGAUCCAGUUCAGCCAUUCUCAAAUACAUUGAAAUAAAUCCAUUUUCAGACACACUCUGAAGAACUGCCUCGACCGACCGCCGUAUUAA